AUGCCUCUCGACGGAGUCAAGAAUAUUGUACUCGUCCUCUCGGGCAAAGGAGGUGUCGGGAAAUCCUCCGUAACCCUCCAACUAGCCCUCGCGCUCUCCCUUCAAGGCAAAUCCGUUGGCAUUCUCGACAUCGAUCUAACAGGCCCCUCCAUUCCCCGCCUUGUCGGUCUCGAAGAUGCAAAAAUUACCCAAUCCCCCUCAGGCUGGCUCCCAGUUCCGGUGCAUAGCGCCAUCUCUACACAACCUGAAACAGAAUCAACCUCCGCCGAUAUUUCCUCUUCUCCAUCCCCGCGCGGAACUCUCCACUGUAUGUCCCUCGGCUUCCUCCUCCGAGACCGCGGCGACGCAGUAAUCUGGCGCGGACCGAAGAAAACAGCUAUGAUUCGCCAGUUCUUGUCAGAUGUUUCGUGGGGAUCAACAGAUUACCUACUUAUUGAUACCCCACCGGGAACAAGUGACGAGCAUAUUGCUCUCGCGGAGCAGUUGCUCACCCUCUCCACGACUGAUGCGGCGCUCGCGGCGCAGAAUAAUCUAGCUCGGUUGACUGGAGCUGUGCUGGUUACUACUCCUCAGGCUGUUGCGACAUCUGAUGUGCGCAAGGAGGCGAACUUCUGUGUGAAGACUAGUAUUCCCAUCCUCGGUGUUAUUGAAAAUAUGUCAGGUUAUGCCUGUCCGUGCUGCGGUGAGGUGAGUAAUCUGUUCUCCAGUGGUGGUGGAGAGGUUAUGGCACAGCAGCUUGGAAUUCCCUUUCUGGGGAAGGUGCCUGUUGAUGUGAAGUUUGGUGAGCUGGUUGAGGGCAAGAUGGAGGCGUUUAGUGAUGAUGAGCGUGAGGAUGGGGAUAAGCAACAACAACUUCAGCCGGCGGAGCCUGAUGAUAGGCCUCUCGUCGAGAAGUAUCAAGAGGGAUGGUCGUAUCCUCGAUUUGAGGAAUUUGCGAAGACAAUUGUUAGUGGCAUCCAGCAGACUGCCGCUGCUGCUACCACUGCCACAAAUUAA